GUGAAGAAGAGGAAGAGGUUUUCCACACCGGGAGGCUGGAGAGAGGCGACCGGGACAAGUGCGUGAGUUGCGGAGGCCAACACCAACGACAGAAUUGCAGGUUCAAAGACGCAAUUUGUCGGCAGUGUGAAAAGAAAGGACACAUAGCUCAGGCCUGCCGAGCCUCUCAACCUUCCCGCCCAAAAUUCAAACCGGCCAAUCAACAGGGCGGCGGAUUCGCGAAGCGGCCAGGGAUUGGUCAGUUCAAAAAAGGCGCGAAGUUGAAUCAGACCAUUGUGAGAGUGGGCCACGCAUCGACACGGCUAGAAAAGAAAAUAUUCACCAAGACAUACAUCGAAGGAGUGCAGUGUAAAAUGGAGGUGGAUACCAGCUCAUCAAUCACGAUUAUGUCUUGGGACACAAUCGCAAGGGACCUGCCAGACGUCGCAAAACGCCAGCUGCAACCCCAAAAGCUGAGAGUGCAAGACUACCAGGAGAACCGAAUCCCUGUUCGAGGAGUCACGUCCGUCAGAGUGAAAUAUAGACAAUUCAAGAAAACCCUGCCGAUCACCAUCGUAGAUGGAAACCUGCCCAGUUUGUUAGGUCUGGACUGGUUCAGAGCCUUGGGCAUGGAAGUAACCGGGGUUCACAGAAGCGGAGUCAACCUGAAGGACGAAUUGUUGAGAGAAUUCAAGGACGUUUUCCAAGACUGCCUGGGCAAGUACGUGGGGACCCCCAUUUCAUUCAAUUUGGACCCCCAGGUGGCUCCCAUUAGAUUAAAAGCUAGGAGGGUCCCAUUCGCCCUCAAAGCCAAGAUUGACAGGGAACUAGACAAAUUAGUAAGCCAGGUAAUACUAGUCCCCGUCGACCAUGCAAAAUGGGAGACACCAAUAGUGACCCCAGUCAAACCGGACGGAUCAGUCCGGAUUUGCGCUGACUAUAAGGCAACGCUUAACAAGCAUUGCAAAAGAGUGCUUACCCCGUUCCCGUAG